GGCCGCACUGAGACAGUUGGCAGAGUCGUGUGGUCAGGGCCGGGGGAGGACCAGUCGCCGGCGGUAGACGCCGGCCCGCCCUGUCUCACGUCCUCCGUUGGUCACUUCCCGCAUGCUGCAGGCUCCUCCCUGAGCCGCGGCGGCGAGGCGUGGGGGGCGCGUCCGGGAACGGCUCGGGGUCGAAGCUUGCAGUCGCCCGCACUUCCUCCUGAGACGCCGGUGGCGCGGCCGUCUCGGCGGGCGGGAUGGCGGCGGCGGCCCGGGAUAGCGGCCGCGCAUCUGCCCCCGGGCUGUUUCUGCUCUUGCUGGUUCCUCUGCUGUGGGCCCCGGCCGGGGUCCGGGCCGUACCCGACGAAGCCCUCAGCCACCGGAACAAGGAACCGCCAGCGCCUGCCCAGCAGCUGCAGCCGCAGCCCGCGGCCGUGCAGGGCCCCGAGCCGGCCCGGGUCGAGAAAGGAUUUACACCAGCUGCUCCAGUUCAUACCAAUAAAGAAGAUCCAGCUACCCAAACUAAUUUGGGAUUUAUCCAUGCAUUUGUGGCUGCCAUAUCAGUCAUCAUUGUAUCUGAACUCGGUGAUAAGACAUUUUUUAUAGCAGCCAUCAUGGCAAUGCGCUAUAACCGUUUGACAGUAUUGGCUGGUGCUAUGCUUGCCUUGGGCCUAAUGACGUGUUUAUCAGUUUUGUUUGGCUAUGCCACCACCGUCAUCCCCAGGGUGUAUACAUACUAUGUUUCAACUGCAUUAUUUGCCAUUUUUGGCAUUAGAAUGCUUCGGGAAGGCUUAAAGAUGAGUCCAGAUGAAGGUCAAGAGGAACUAGAAGAAGUUCAAGCAGAAUUAAAGAAAAAAGAUGAAGAAAUUCAACGAACCAAACUCUUAAAUGGACCAGGAGAUGUUGAAACGGGUACAAGCACAAUACCUCAGAAAAAGUGGCUGCAUUUUAUUUCACCCAUCUUUGUUCAGGCUCUUACAUUAACAUUCUUAGCAGAAUGGGGUGAUCGCUCUCAACUGACUACAAUUGUUUUGGCAGCUAGAGAGCCUUUUUUUACUGGCAUUCAGAUUGCCAGAACUGGGACUUGAAAGUAAGUGAUCAUUUCGUGGUGGUGGUGGUGUCAUGGCAGAAUCGUUGCUUUUUUCUUAAUACUGUCACCUAAGUGGCACAGAGUAACUUGGGACAGGCUCAGCAUUGCCUGGGUUCCUGUGGCCACUGCUUGCCUGCCAGCAGUGCAGGUAUGCUUCCUGGGGUCGAGUCUCUUGCCACGUGAGCACAUAACUGCAGCAUCUGCUUCCUGGGUGGUUUUGGGCUGAAGCAAGCCGAUGCAUGUAGGGUCCCAGACACAGGGGGCACUGGGCGUUAGCCGCCUUCUGCACUCAGCACCACGGGGACAGGUAAUGAGCUCUUCAGGGGCACAGAUGUACUUGUCUAUUUUUGUUACUUUAAUACUAAUUUUGGGGGGUUAACUUUUUUGUAUAAUCCAUGCUGUAGUCUAAUUCACUCCAUUUUAGACUAAACUCCAUUUCUAUUUCCAGUAGAAUUCAGCAUUCCCACUUUGAAUUUCACAGAAUCCUCUAGUGUCCUUUGAGAUGUUGAUAGGUACUAAACAACAACAAAGAAAAAGGUUGAGGAAAAAGGUUCCAGGGUCCAGUAAAUUUGGCAAAUACUAUAACGUUUUUCGUUUCGAAGAUGGAAUAUACAAAA